AUGUUCGGCUGGGGCCGACGACGCCACAAGGCGCCCGGAAACGACAUUCUCGCCUCUGCCGAGGCGGCCGACGCGGGCGGCGACGCGGCUCUUGCGAGGGCGCUCUACGAGCAGGCGGCCGAGUCGCUCCUCGGAUCUCUGUCGGAGGAGAGCGACCCGACUGUCAAGGCGCUGCUCCGCGUGAGCAACCCGAUCGCGGCGCGGCAGCCGUCUGCAAAGCUCGAGCAGCUACAGGCCGUCCGUGCGGUCGUCGGUGACGGCUUGUCGGACGCCGACCUCCGCCUCCGUAUUGCGCGGCAUGGCGAUGAUGUGGACGGCGUGAUCAACGAGCUGCUCGAGGAGUUGGUCGCUGAGAGCAGGACCGAGGGCCCGUCCGAGAUGUGGACGUGUCCGGCAUGCACUCUCGAGAACCGUCCCGGCGAGGCUGCCUGCGCCGCCUGCGAGCAGCCGCGCCCGCGCCCAGUCAAGCCGCCGCAGACAAUGGACGAGUUCCUGGCGAGCACGGGCGGCGGGCAGGUUCGGCUGGCCGUCUCUCUCCGGCUGGCGGACGGGACCACCGUCGAGCGGUCCCUCUCGCUGCCAGCCUCCCUCGCACGCCGGCAUCUCUGCCGACUGGUCGACGGCGGCGCUGGAGAGCCUGUGCACGCAGAGGCGGGCGAGCGGGUCGGCCUGCCGCAGCACGCGUCACGCAAGGCCCACAAGCCGCGCGGGCCGGCGCAGAAGCCACUGGUGGACGUGCUGGCGGUGGAGGACGUGCGGGCGCAGCUGGGCGACGGCGCGCUGGAGCGGCUGGUGCAGAGCGAGCUCCGGUCGCGUGAGCGGAGCGACGGCAACGCGCGUGUGAACCCCGACGUCCGAGCCGACGCGGCGCUGUAUGACGACGGCGUGGGCGGCGCGUUCGAGCGCUCCGCGAUUCCGGUCGCCUACGAGACGGCGGCCGUCGGGAGCCGCAUCGCAAACAUGGCCCGCGUCGGCGGCCAGCGGGCCAGCUCGCGCGAGGCCGUGCUCGCCCAGCGCAAGGUGCUCGAGCGCAAGCUGGUGCGCAGUGCGGAGCAGCGCUGCACGGUCGUGCCGCUCGGGGUGGUGGUGCGUGUGAUGGGGCGGAGCAGCGUGAGCGAGGUGGUCGAGGGACUCUACUACAUGCCCACCAUCCGCGCCGACGUCUUCGUCUGCUCCUCCCUCGCCGACUCGCCAGCCGCCGGGCUGCACAUCAACGUCCUCGUCUUUGAGCAGUCCCUCGCGUGCGAUUGCGAGGAGGACGACCACGCGAGGCCACUGCGCGUCAGCGCGUGCAGGUGGGCUGACUUGCUUCCCUACUGGCUCUGCCGCCUCACCUCUGCCCUCAACGAGGGCCGCGCCGGGAGCGUGCAAGGAGGGUACGACGAGGCCAGCCACAGGCGGCUGGUGGAGCGGAUCGCCGCCCGAGGAGGCGGAGGCGAGAGCGGCCCCCUCGUGGCUCCACAGCGAAUCACUGCCAUCGUCGCCCUUCGCUUCGCCACCGCGUUCGCGGUCAAUCCGAUCACCGCCCGGCUGCGCGACAUUCUGCGAAACUACUCCUCGGCGCAGCUGCUGAACGAGAUGCUGCAGAACGCCGACGAUGCCGGCUCGAGCGAGUUCAAGGUGCUGCUCAGCGCGCGGACCUUUGGCACCGCCUCGCUGCUCUCUCCCGCGCUGGCGGACAUGCAAGGAGCGGCACUGUACCAGUUCGACGACGCGCAGUUCCGUCCCGACGACUAUGAGAGCAUCCAGCGGGUUGGAGACGGCACCAAGCUAGGCGACCCGACAAAGACGGGCCAGUUCGGCCUCGGCUUCAACUCUGUCUACCACGUCACCGACACGCCGAUGUUCGUUUCGGGCCGCGACUUCGUCGUCUUCGACCCGCACGAAGCGCACCUGCCCGACGGGCUGCCAGGGCUGUGCGAGGACGCGUCCAGCCUGUCGCGCGCCUGCCCCGACCAGCUCGCCCCCUUCCAAGGCAUCUUCGGCUGCGACGUUGACGCGGGCUGCUGGCGCACGCGCAGCGGGCAGGGGACGCUCUUUCGCCUUCCACUGCGGACGCGCGAGGCGGCGGGCCGUUCGAGGAUCAAGGACGGGCGGGGCGGCGCGCCAAGCUUCGAGGAGGUGCUGCGCCAGAUCGUCGACCCCUUCUUGUACGAGGGGAGCGGCGAGGGGCGGGAGACGACCCUGCACCGGCGCCUGCUCUUCCUGCGCUUCGUCGAGCGGAUCGAGGUGUACGUCUGGCCGCCCGGCGCAGAGCAGAUGAGCCUGCUCGCUUCGGCGACGGCCCUCCCCGCGGCCUCCCCGCCGGACGCCUCCUCUGCAGCGCGGCUGCGGGAGGACCGGGGCGCCCAGCUGCGGCACGUCAAGGAGCGCUUGGCGGAGGCGCCGCCGCCGCAGCAGGACGAGUACGGCGGUCCGCCAGGCGCGUUGCGCUAUUUCGCCGCCAUGCGCGCGGCCGACCCCGAUCAAGUCCCGCGGCCGCUGAUCCCGCUUCUGCUGCAGCUGGAGCGUCCGGGCGCGGCGCAGCUCGAGGAGGCGUGGCUCGUGUCGCAGACGUUUGGCGACAAGGAGGACAUCGCCAGCGACCGCAACUCGCUCGCGCCGGAGGACGCAAGGCCGAGGCACGAGUGGAACCUGCUCCUCGCGUCGCGCGUGUGCGCCGCGGCGUACGCUCGGCUGCUCCGGGAGCUCGCCGCCGGGGCCGUCUUCGGGGGAGGCGGCGGCGGGCUGCGGCUGGGCUCGGCGGAGCGGGGUGAGGUGGUGCACGCCCUCCUGCCCGCUGCCUCGGCGGGCGCGGGCCAGGUCUUUGGCGCCGCGGCUGGCGGCUGCUUCUCGCUGCUCCUGCAGCCGGGCAGCGCGGUGUGGCGAGUGUUUCGCCGGCACACCGCGCAGCGAGGCGGGCGGGGAGGGGAGCCGGAGGCGGCGCCGUGCAGGGUGCUGCACACGGCGCUUGGCCUGCCGGCGCCGCGUCCGCUCCAGCCCUCGACCGUGCGCGCUUGGAUGCGCCGAGGCGGCGGCGAGGGCGUCCUGCUGCACCUCACGGGACUCGACCCCUCGGCGAGGCGGCUGGCGUGCCGCUGCCUGCUCGCCUACGUCCUCUCCGACGCGCCGACGGCUCCCGUGACGGAGGUGAACCCUCCCGAGGCGUGGCGCGUGUACUCGAGCGUCUUUCGCAAGGACGCUGCCGGCACCGGCCACGCGCGCAGCGCCCUCGACUCCGAGCAGGCCUGGAGCGCCGCGAGGAACGACGACCAGCAGUGGGUCGUCCUGGACUUGGGCGAGGAGGCUCGUAUCCUCGGCGUGGUGUUGCAGGGGCGCAGGAGGCACCGGCAGCACGUGCAGCGCGUGCGCAUCGAGCUGAGCGUGGACGGAGGGGCGUGGGAGCCGGCGCCGGGCGGGCCCGACUUUGACACGGCCUGCCAGCCGCAAGACGAGGCGCACAAACGGGUGCCAUUUGCUGCCGGAGGCGCCUUCGCCUCAAAGGUCCGCCUGCGGCCGCUGAAAUGGGAGGGGCACGUCUCCAUGCGGUGUGGGCUGCUGGUCGGCGCGUCGGGCCGGGCGCUCGCCGGCCUGCCGAUCGUUUGCUUGCGCGACGGGUCGAUCUGCGCCCUCUCCGUGGCGCCGGGGCGUGGGGAGGAGUCGCUGUUGCUCGGCCUCGAGUCGGAGUCCGGCUCGGGCAAGCUGGUCGCCUCGUGCGGCGCGGCGCUGGCGCGGUCCCCGGCCGCCUCGAGCCUGAUGGUCGAGGAUGCCGCCGGCGAGGAGGGGUCGGUGGGAGAGAGCUGCGCGCGCCUGCUCUGGCCCUGCAGGGAGGGCCUGCUCGUGCGCCCCUUCACCGCGGCCGAUGCGGUGGAGAUGUCGCUGCCGAGCGGGUGGCGAGGGGAGGCGUCCGUCUCGGACUGGCGGCGAGCGGCGCCGGCGGAGUGGCUGAGAAGGCUGUGGGCGGCGAUCGACCGCACGGCUCUUCUUGACGGCUCGGUGGCGGACGAGCUGCUCGCGCGGCUCGGCCCUUGGCCGCUAAUCCCGUGCGGGGAGCUGCUGGUGCGCCUCGACAGGGCGACUUCGGACCUUCUCGCUUGUGCGGCAUUGCGCGCUGUUGGCGUCGCCAUCGCAGACACGUCUUACGAGCUCAAGGCGCUCGCGAGCCGGUUGCGGCCGCUCACGGGCGGCGGGAUCGUGGCUGCCCUGACGGCGCUUUCGGUAGAGGGCGGCCUCGACUGGGGGCAGCUGGGUGCGGCGCAGCGCGCCUCGAUCCUCGACUUGAUCUCUCGCGACGCGGCUUCGCUCGACGAGGCGGCGCUGCGGGACGUGGCACGCCUGCCGCUCUUCGAGUUCGAGCGCGCGGGCGACGAGGCGGGCGACGAGGCGGGCGACUCUCUCUCUUCAGAGGGCGACUCGCUCGGCCCGAGCUGCUGCGGCGCCCUCGGCCCGGAGGGGCGGCGCUGGCUCAAGCCUCAGUUCAAGACGCUCGCCGCCGACGGAGGCUUCCCCGCGGAGCUGCUCGCGCCCGGCGGCGGCGCCUCGUCGCGCUUCCUCGCCCGCAUCCCCGCCGCGGCGCCGCGCUCGGUCCUGUACUCGCGGCUCCAGGUCCAGAGCAUGGCGCGCGCCGACUACUAUGCCAGCGUGGUCUUUCCACGGUGGGGCGCCCUCGACGAGGAGGCUCGGGUCGCACAGCUGCUCGAGCUGCAGAGGUACUACGAGGAGCUGUGCGACGAGCGGGUCGCCCUGCCCGACGGCGGCGCCUCCUCCUUCGGCGACCUUUUUGGCGCCUCCCCGCUCUUUGGCGGCCUGCGCGCAGAGCAGCUGCUCGACCCCGAGCUCGAGCUGCACGUCGCCUUCUUCCCGAAGAGGCUGCCGCACCCGUCCCUCCGCACCGAGCGCAGCCUGCAGUGGCUUCGCCGCUGCGGCAUGGCGCAGUCCCUCACCCGCUCCGCCUUCAGCGGCGCCGCGGAGACGGUCGACGCCGCCGCGGCCGCCGCCUUUGCCAGCGGGCAGCCCGCCACGCCGGAGCUGAAAGCGCAGGCGAGGCAGGUCGUCGACGCGCUCCUCGCGAGCUUCAGCCAUCUGCGAGACGACUCCCAGCAGCUGGGCGAGCCGCCGCUCGACGAGUGGCUUCGCCACCUCGGGAGCCUGCGCCUCGCCGCGCCCUUCACCGCCCCGCCGAGGGCCUUCCUCGAGUCCGCGACGGCAGCCGAGGAGCUCGCGCCCGCGCCGCCCGUCGCUGCGCUGCUCGCUUUCUACCGCGCAGCCGGCGGGCCUGCAGACGUGCUGGUACCGCUCCGCGGCAACAUCGUCCCGCAAGAGACGAGCUCGACCCACCUGCUCAGCGCGGCCUGCUGGUCGCACGCGACGGUGCUGCUGGUGCCGAACGCGCGCGCAGUCCCGACCGAGCUCAUCGCCGGCGCGGGCGCCUUCCCCAACGCGACGUACGAGCAGCUCUUCGGCCACCUGCUCGCCAUCACCUCGCUGCCGCCGGCCACGCUGCAAGCCUGGCAGCGCGACCAGAGGGACAGCUGGGUCGAUGGUCGCUCUCGGACCGGCCGCAGCGGCAGCUUUCGGCAGCAGCUCGAGCUCGGCUGCUACCCCUUCCUGGCCACGGCCGAGCCCGCCACGCUGUCGCGUCUGGCCGACGAGCGCAUCGUCCUCCUCGAGAACGGGUACUCUCUCGAGCGGCGGCCGCUCGAGUUCAUCGCCCCCUCGCGCGUCUUCGUCGACCUCAGCCAGGGCGCGCCGCCGCACGCGUACACGCUGCGCGACGCCGUCUUUGCCUUCUCGCGCUUCAAGCUGCACGCGCUCUUCGACUGCCCGCGCAGCCCGAGCCUCGCGCAGAUCGUCAGCUGGAUGGACGAGAUGCACGCCACCGCCGGCGAGGCGCCCCUCGACGCGGCGCAGCUCCGCUCGGCCGCGGCGCUCGCCGACCUCGCCGGCUUGCGCGUCUUCUACGAGGCGGGCGAGCUGCCCUCGGCCGGCCUCCUCAUCCCGGACCGCUCCGGGCGACUGCGGCGCGCGCCCAAUCUGCUCGUGGACGACGCGCCGUGGCUCGACGGCCGCGUCGACAAGUCUCCGAGCGGCCACCUCCCGGCCGUCCACCCCUCCCUCUCCUCCUCGGCGGCGCUCCGGCUCGGCGCGCGCCGCCUCUCCUCUGCCGAGCGGCCCGACGCGCCGCUCGUCGCGAUGGCGGAGGAGCGCAUCAACGAGGUGCUCUACGCAGGCGCCGCCGGCCCGGUGACCCUCCAGCUCGAGAGCUGGAAUCGGUCGCUGCGAUCGCGCGCGUUCCGCGUGUCUCUGCGGCGCGCGAUCUCCACCAACCGGCGCUGGGCGCACCUGAGCGCGUCCUCCGCGCUCAAGCGGCAGCCCACCGGAGCCGACUCGUGCGGGCGAGGCGUGGACGAGCUGCGGCAUGGGCGGAUCGUCGCCGUGGAGGAGAUCCGGAGCCGCUUCGAGGUGGUGCAGAGCGGCGGGCGGGCCCUCGACGUCACGCUGAGGCCGCGGCGAGAGGGAGACGUCGACGGCGGAGACGGCUCCGACUCGAUCACCGUGCUGAAGCGCUGGAGGCCGUGCCUCGCGACGGAGCUCGACCGCUACCUCGGCGAGGGCAGCGUGCGCGACCGGAUGCUCCUCGUCGAGCUGCUCGACGUCCUCAACCUUUACCGCGUGCCGGUGCAGUCCUUCGACCCAUCGCUCGGCACGCGGUACAGCGGGGCGGAGGGGAGGCCGCGCCGCGCCGGCUCCUCGCUGGAGGAGCUCUCUCCGCUGGUGGGGAGCCGCGUCCUCUUCCCGCCCUCGGCGCUGCCCGAGGAGCUGCGCGAGGAGGCGGACGGCGGGGAGGGCGUCUUGCUGGUGGGGCGGCUGGAGAGGGUGCGCGCCGCGGGUGACGCCCUCUCGGCGGUGGUGACGGUGGCGGGCGACGACGAGACGUGCGCAAUCGAGCCGAGUGUGCUGAUGCGGCCUCCGACGCUCGACGAGGGGAUCGGCGACGCGCGGGAGCGGGCGGAGCAGGAGGAGGCGGCGGCGGGGCCUCGGGCGAGCUUGGAGGAAGGCGUGGAGCUGGCGGACGUCGAGGGGCGGAAGGUGCCGGUGGGGAAGGGCGAGGCGGCGGCCGAGGGCGCGAGCGUCGUCGCGGCGGUGAAGAGGACGCCAGGGUACGACCUCGUGCGCGUGGGCAACUUUGGCGAGCGGGACGACGGCUCGCCGCCCGAUAUCGCCUUCUUCCACAACCGGCCGACCCUCUCCCAGAUCUACGACGAGGCGACCCACCGCAGGCAGGAGCUCGUCAAGCAGAGCUGCGGCGCUCUCCGCGACGUCUUUGGGUUCGACGCGGCCAAGGUGACUCUCUUCUACGAGCGCGGCGCCGCGUCCCGCUUCGUGCGGCAGAAGCUGCUCUUCAACCUCGCGCCGGUGGAGCAGCACAAGGCGGCCAAGGGCCUCGCCGACGUGCGCGCGGACCCGUUUGUCUACUGCUACUUCUACGGCCUCUGCGUGCACAAGCUAGCGCACUUCUUCGACGUGGUGCACGGCACGCGCCACGACUUCUUCAUGAGCGAGUACCGCGCCCACCACGCCCUCAACUGGGUGCAGCUCCUGCUGCGGCGCGGCUUCGAGCCGGCGGCGGUCGAGCGAGAGUACCGCCAUCUCUUGUGGGCGGUGGUGGACUGAUUAAGUUCAGACCCCCUCAUUGCCGUCUCUAUACGUGUACGUCGUGUCGGGUUCGUUUAUGUCAGUCUCAGAGAGCAGUAAGCCCCAUAGAGUGAUGAGUGUAUUCUUUCAUCU